UUUGUGAUCAAGUAACUCUGAGUCUAAUGGACGGCAUGAAAUCACCCAUUACAGCACCAGGCCCUGUGCUAAGCGCUCGUUUUGCACGGUGCUGACCGCCCCCCACCCCGCCACGAGAGGAGCCAGGCACAGAGAAAGUAUCGGUCCACAGUUGUUUGUGGCAUAAACACAUGAAUGAAUUGAUAGUACUUCACCCAUGUUACUGCAUAUGGAGUUCUAGGUCACGUAAGUGAACAGCCCAAGUACUAGUGAGGGUAUAAAGAGGGGUUUGAAUUUGGGCAGCGUGAGUCCAUAUUGUUUUCUUAUCCAACAUGGCAAAUGGCAGUGGGCUGAAAACCAGCUCUCUACAAAGUUGAUACCGUGAUGCUCUUUCCCUCAAGCUCAUUCUUUUCUUCUAGAAAUCUUCAGGAGCUUUGGACAUGGAGGGGGAGAGCAGGCAGGAGGGUGGGGACGGUAAGGGGCGUGGGAACAAGGGACAGUUGGCUGGAGAAUUAGGGCUAGGGCUGGGGCUGAUUGGAAGGGGAGCGGGAAAAGUGUUGAGGGGAUUCUCUAGACCCAUAGGGGGCAGCCGGAGUCGGCAGCCGGAGGUGCGGGGGCGGAGAAAGGGUGGGGACCGGCCCCGCGGGGGGCGAUGCAGUAGCUGCAGCAGCGGCCGCAGGAGUUUCCCACAAUGCAGCGCGGCGCGCUGUCCCCGGUGCUGAUGCUCAGCGCUGCCCCGGAGCCUCCGCCGCGCCCGCCUCCCGCCCUCUCCCCGCCGGGCCCGGGGCCCCGCCAUGGCUCGGCUCGGCCAGGUCCUGCCCCAGAGCCGUCGGGGGGCCUGGCUGCAGCGCUCGACAGCAGCCUGCGGGCCGCCGUGGCGUUCAAGGCGGAGGGCCAGCGCUGCUACCGAGAGAAGAAGUUCCGGGAAGCCAUCGGCAAGUAUCACCGGGCACUGCUGCAGCUGAAGGCGGCACAGGGGGCCCGCCCUGGCGGCCUGCCCGCCCCCGCCCCCGGGCCCGCCACCAGCCCGGGGCCCGCCCGCCUCAGCGAGGAGCAGCGGCGCCUGGUGGAGAGCACGGAGGUGGAAUGUUACGACUCUCUCACGGCUUGCCUGCUGCAGUCGGAGCUGGUGAACUACGAGCGCGUUCGCGAGUACUGUCUCAAGGUGCUGGAGAAGCAGCAGGGCAACUUCAAGGCCACCUACCGCGCCGGCAUUGCCUUCUACCACCUGGGCGACUACGCACGCGCGCUGCGCUACCUGCAGGAGGCCCGCAGCCGGGAGCCCACAGAUACCAACGUGCUCCGCUACAUCCAGCUGACCCAGCUGAAGAUGAGCCGCUGCAGCCUCCAGCGGGAAGACAGCGGGGCUGGGGCCCAGGCCCGGGAUGUGGUGGGCUGAGGCAAGGGGCUGCCUGUUCCUGCCCCUCCGCUCGCGGUGGAACCUCCCCCACUCAUGUGUUUGCUGGUAAAGCACUCAUCUCUGGUGACCAAAA